UCGUCAACUAUUGUGUGAUUGAGACAUGGAAGAUGCUGUCGGUAGCAUCCGGUACAUGACGCACCAGUAGUGGGACGUGUGACCUAAAGUUAAGAGUUAAGUUAGAACGAUGUUACUGUCGGAUGUUUGUUUGAUUUGUGUGCACUGUACGAAUGCUGCCAUACUCCGAUUCGUGCGACUGGUUUGGUGUAGCAAAACCAGCGAAGUGAGUUGAUGUCACUAGGCAUAUAGAUUCACGUAUGACGCGUCCUAGUGAAUUUAAGGGAAGGGGGAUGUGAGGGUAAGCGAUAGAGGAAACUGGAUUUGGUAGCGGGUUGGCAGCCAUUUGCGCCGUUAUUCGUUAGAGCUGCGUCAUUCACGUCGAUGGAGGAAGAGAUUGUUUAUUUUCCCAUCCCUAUGCCUACUUGGUACUCAAUCGUCGCCACUGUCCGCGCCCAUCUCUUCUAUCGGAUGGUAGUAGCGGUGGGAUUGGCCAAGACUUGUUGCGUGGUCGAUUCUGGGCCAAUCCCGUGUCGGGGCUGGAAUGGUGUUUUUCUGGCGGGCCGAGAGGAGUUCUUGGUUGGAGUUUGGACGCUAGGCGAAAUGAACAAGUGACUUCAAUAAAGUGACAUCAUGAUUGUUUUUAAAUCUCAACUUAGAGGGUGUACCAGAAACAACUUCAGAAUCUGGGCUCAGUCAUCCCUACAGUCCUCUACUAAGACAGCCAGUGCAUCUGAUGGCGAGGGAACCGCCGAGCGGUCCAGUGCCGGCCGAGCGGCUGCCGACCCGCGCACGGGGCCCGGCCUGGAGGAGUUCCUCUCCGGGGAGGUGCCCGCCGGCAGCACGUGGAGCAGCUACUCGGGCCAGCUGCGGCGACAGCCCGGCGAGCGGGGCAGACUCCGGCUGCCGCCCUGGCUCAAAACGGAGAUACCUAUCGGGAAGAACUACACUAAGCUGAAAGAUACGCUGCGCGGUCUGAACCUGCACACCGUCUGUGAGGAGGCCAAGUGUCCGAAUAUCGGCGAGUGCUGGGGUGGCGGUGAGGACGCCACCGCUACCGCCACCAUCAUGGUGCUCGGUGACACUUGUACUCGCGGCUGUCGGUUCUGCUCGGUGAAAACGUCACGCGCACCGCCACCGCCGGACCCUCUGGAGCCGGAGAACACAGCGGCAGCGGUGGCCAGCUGGGGACUCGACUAUGUGGUACUCACCAGCGUGGAUAGGGACGACCUGCCCGACGGCGGUGCCGCGCACUUCGCCAAAACAGCCGCCGAAAUCAAACGCAGGAAUGCCGCCAUCUUGGUCGAGUGCCUGGCCGGCGACUUUCAGGGCGACCUGGACUGCGUGGCCACGGUGGUCCACUGCGGACUGGACGUGUUCGCGCACAACAUAGAGACGGUGGAGCGGCUGACGCCGGCCGUCCGCGACCGGCGGGCCAAGUACAGGCAGUCACUGACGGUUCUGGAACACGCCAAGCGGCUCCGACCAGAGCUGGUCACCAAAUCUUCCAUCAUGCUCGGCCUCGGCGAAACGGACGACGAGAUCCGACAGACCAUGGAAGACCUGCGCGCCUCCGGCGUGGACUGUGUGACGCUCGGCCAGUACAUGCAGCCCACCAAACGACACCUGAAGGUGGUCGAGUACGUGACCCCAGAGCGCUUCGACCACUGGCGAGAGGUCGGAGAGCAACUUGGCUUCCUGUACGUGGCGAGCGGACCGCUGGUUCGUAGCUCUUACAAAGCCGGAGAGUUCUUCAUCAAGAACGUCUUGAAGAAGCGACGCGCUGAGGUUGCGGGGGAUACCUCGGCGACGUGAACGGAAGGAAGCAGCCCGCAGACAGCCGACCCGACUGAGGACUCGGUGUGAGGGAUUUAUUGACUCUGCUAAUGUGGUGAUCGGUCGGCUCCGCUGCAGGCGUGCCGCAUGAAACUUGUGACCCGUUAGCUGCUGGUCAGUUAUGAUCUGGAAAUGGAUCGUCAAUGUAGUCGCGUUUAUUCACUAGUCGAGCUCGAGAGACUCAUGGUAAAUGAUAGCUGGGCGACUCCGAUUCUCGCGUUCGAUAAUGUGACAACCAGGAUGGUUCUCGCCCGUGACUUCGAAUAGACAGCAGGUCCAUGGUUAGCACGGCUAUCCCGUCACAUUGCCGAGAUAUGCCUGUGCGCUGUAUGCUAGACGGAUUCUUAGUCAUGGCAAUCAUGACACCUGGGAGUCCUAUAGAGGCAGAUACGGCCGCACGGAUAGUUGCAAUACGCGAUGCCGCGGGUGUUUGCGGUUGCAGUGUAGCGUAGCGUCACGGUGCAUGGGGUCUAAUGACCAUGAUACUGCGUCGUAUUGCCCAUUCACUGGUAUAAUUAGCAUUUGUGCUAAUUUGUAUGUUGCGGGCUGCGGCCAUUCAUAUGCCUACCGAAAUAGUGGCUGUAUGGCUGUGUGCUCUUGAUGAUGCAUAUGGCGAACGAAUAAAUGAAAGGAAACCACUAA